GCCAGUCAGAAGGGUGCAGGGCCCUUCCGGGAACCAGGUUACAGGCUUGGCUUUACAGCGAAGCUGGCGCCAUUGCAUUUAUUUGCUGUGUUGUUAGUGCCACUUCAGGGAUCUGUGAGGGGGCCAUGGGCGAGCAGGGAAGCCACAACAUGAAUGCAGUGACCUAUGAUGAUGUGCAUGUCAACUUCACCUGGGAAGAGUGGACUUUGCUGGAUCCUUCCCAGAAGAAUCUCUACAAAGAUGUGAUGUUGGAGACCUACAGGAACCUCACUACUAUAGGAUACAGCUGGGAAGACCAUAAUUUUGAAGAACAUUGUAAAAGUUCUAGAAGACGUGAAAGGCAUGAAAGGAGUCAUACUGGAGAGCAACCUUCUGAAUAUACUCAAUGUGUUAAAGCCUUUGUAUAUGACGAACAUCUUCAAAGGCAUGAAAGAAUACAUACUGGAGAGAAACCCUGUGAAUGUAAUGCAUGUGAUAAAGUCUUUGUACAUCACAGUAGUCUCCAAAUCCAUAUAAGUACCUGUACUGGACAGAAACUCUAUGAAUGUGAUGAGUGUGGCAAAGCCUUUGCUCAUUACUGUACUCUUCAAAUACAUAAAAGAAUACAUACUGGAGAGAAACCCUAUGAAUGUAAUCAGUGUGGUAAAGGCUUUACUUCUCACAGCAGUCUCAGAAUACAUAAAAGAACACAUACUGGAGAGAAACCUUAUGAAUGCAAUCAGUGUGGUAAAGGUUUUUCACAACUCAGUCAUCUUCAAAUGCAUAAAAGAACUCAUACUGGAGAGAAACCCUAUGAAUGUAAUCAGUGUGGUAAAAUCUUUGCACGUCCCAGUACUCUUCAAGUGCACAAAAGAACACACACUGGAGAGAAACCCUAUGAAUGUAAUCAGUGUGGUAAAUCCUUUGCUUCUCACAGCAGUCUUGGAACACAUAAACGAACACAUACUGGAGAGAAACCCUAUGAAUGUAAUCAUUGUGGUAGAGCCUUUGCUCAUCACUGUACUCUUCAAAGGCAUAAAAAAACACAUACAGGAGAGAUACCCUAUGAAUGCAAUCAGUGUGGUAAAGCCUUUGCACGUCAGAGUGGUCUUCAAAUGCACAAAAGAACGCAUACUGGAGAGAAACCCUACGCAUGUAAUCAGUGUGGUAAAGCCUUUGCACGUCACAGUAAUCUCCAAAUGCACAGAAGGACACAUACUGGAGAGAAACCCUAUGCAUGUAAUCAAUGUGGUAGAGCCUUUGCAGAACAAAGAAGUCUCCAAAUACAUAAAAGAUCACAUACUGGAGAAAAACCUUGUGAAUGUAAUCAGUGUGGUAAAACCUUUGUAUGUCAAAGUAAUCUCCGAAUACAUAAAAGAAGACAUACUUGAGCGAAAUCCUAUGAAUGUAUUCAAUGUGGAAAUGCCUUUGCACAUCAAUGUCAUCUUCAAAGACAUAAAAGUACACAUACUUGAGAGAAAUCCUAUGAAUGUAAUCAAUGUGGUAAAGCCUUUGCCCAACACUGUACUCUUCAAUGGCAUAAGACAACACAUACUGAAGAGAAAACCUAUGAAUGUAAUCAAUAUUGGAAAGCCUUUACACAUCACAGUGAUCUUCAAAUGAAUAAAAGAACACAUUGGAUGUUAAAACACCAUGUGGCAGUCAUAGCAGUUGAGAAACUCUGGGAAAGAUACACCUUAUAUACAUGGCAUCCAUGUGGAAAGUUUUAUUGGGGGAAGGGAGAAGGGAAGAGAAGAAAGAAGAGAAAGAAAAAUGGAAUAAAAGAAGAGAGGACAUGCACACUACCUCAUAACUAGAGAGAGAGGAAGGAAGAGAGAAGUAGAGGGAGGGUUUUUUUCUCAAAGGGGGCUUUACAUAAGAUGACAUGGUCAGGAUGCUGGGCAGGUUCUUUUUGAUAUGGAGAAAAUUAUUCACAGGUAUCAGUGUGUAUCAUAGCUAAAACAAAGCUUUAUUUAACUUCAUGUAAAUAAAAAAUGAAGAAUUGGAUGGUUAGUUAAAAAUAGUUGUAUUGGACUCUAAAAUAUGUAAAGUAACCCAUGUUUCUGGCAAUUAUUAAAACUACUCCCUAUGUAAGCAGUUAUGGGUAAAAGGCCUCUUUGCUCUAUGAGAAGUCUAAAAGAUAAAUGUUUAACUGUUGAAAGGCAUGUAUUGUUUGUUAUUUUAUUGCUGUCUUUUUUUCUUGGUUCUAUUUUGUGCUUCAGGAAUUAUAGCUUUAUUUUCAUAUUAUAUUUUCUUGCUAUACUUAUUCCUCUCCUCAAUCUGAAGUGUCACUUCCAAUGCCCUCUGUACUGAUGGUUUGGUGGACAUGAAUUCUUUUUGCCUGCUUAUUUUAUGUCCACAUGGCUCAGCCUUGGACUUUAUUUUAGUCUUUGCUCAAAGGUUCUCUUCCCAGUUAUACUCACACACAUUUUUCUGUUUUCAGGAUCUGACUCCCCAACAGAUUUCCUCAAUUCUUUAACCAUCUGGACAUUUUUUUCCUACCAUGUAUCAUUUUUUAAGGAAGUAUUAUAUUUACAUAUUUUUUGAUUACUAUCAUUCCCCCUAGUAGAACCUAAGAUCCAUAUGGGAAACAAUGUUGUCUCUUUUAUCCACAAUGAUACACAUGUUCCUAUAAUAGCCUCUGGCUCAUAGUAAGUAUCCAAUAAACGUUUGCAUCAUAUAUGAAUUGCUCAGUGUGACAUCCCCAUGCCAUUGAAGUACAUUUUUAAAUUGAUGAUCAUAUGGAACUUGUCAAAAACUCAGUUUCUGUGUAUAUGGCCUUGUGAAGGAAAAUCAUUUUUCACAUAGAGAGGAAACUGAAAAAUUCCAGAAGAAAAAUAAUCUGUAUGCUCAGUUCACUCUUCUCAAUACCUUGUGAGAGAACUGGAGAAAGCUCAUAGGAAAGAUCAAAUUAUCUGUAAAAAGUAAUGGUGAAUUUCUGACCACAGUCAGGCUACUGAAUUUGAACUCAGCUCUAGUAGCUGUUGUUGAGAGAUGUUGAAACUCCUAAUAACAAGACCUUCCCACUCUCUUCCCUUAAAGGUCUCAGAAUAUUCUAGGAAAUCUUCACUAUGGACCAACCCAUUAAAACUCAUGAACAAUUAGGGAACGUAUCCAAACUAUUGCAUUUGUAUUCUUUGUCAAUGCAUUCCUCCAUGAAUGCAAGGGGAGGACCAAGGUAGUAAUGAAGAGAAGUUCAGCCUUGAGAAAAAAAUUAUUUUUCUAAGAAGAUAGUUUACCUACUGUAAACAAUUAGGUGAGUUUUAUGAGUUACAAGAAAAGGAGAAGUGAGUAGGGAACAAUUUUGAGUGAAACAGAACUUGAACCUACAGUCCUAUGUAAAUAUUAUAUGAAUUGAAAAAUUAAAGUAACAGUAAAGAUAUUUUUAAA